GCCGGGGCGGCGCACUAGCAGGGCGGAAGCUGGAAGACGCGAAAACCAGUAAGGAGUGCCAUGGCCUGCAAGUCUUGCUUUGACUAACGGCCCAAGGAUAUCGUACAGCCGGUUUCGCUAUCGGAUAUCGGCAGUCCAGAACCAGAGAGAUGUGCUUAAGCGGGAGUUAUGGCAUUCAAGGCGACAGAGAGCCGUAUAUAGGACAUAUGUUAUCGCUUCUCUCCUGUCCAUUCACUGUUGGGAGUCGUCGAAGACAGGCAUCAGGGAUGCUUUAGGCGCGGUCAGUCCAGCCUGGAACUUGAGCUAGCCGCCGUAUGAGGAUGCGGCUUUCGCUUUCGGGUCAUUAUUAUUAAGAAAAACUCCGUUUGGAAAAGGUGAUGCUUCAGUGGUGAGUAUUUAUAGCUACGUUGUUUUGUCACUACCGAGCCUGUGUUUCAUUGGCAUGGAACCGAAACUUAACUCACGUUAAUUUAGUUGCCUAAUUACUUAACUGUGCAUGGAAAAAUCGUUAGCAUCUUCAUUGAACCUGCUGUGACUGACCAGAACUCUGAAGUUCAUGGAAUAUGGGAAAUAUACCCUCAAUAUAAAACAAAGCAGCGGAUUCAGUAACUACCCGACCAAGAAGCCCACAAGCCGUAUCAGUCAGUCAACGGUGUGGGAGAUACCUAUAAGAUAAAGACAAAAUGCUUCCGGCCCUCUUCCACCUAAUCAGGAAGCCAAAGUUUGAGUCCUACAUGUUGCUCAUACUCUCGCCGGAGCAGCACCUGACAUACGUCCAUACAUACCCUGGCCUCCGGGGGCAUAUUGAUACUGAAGUGAAACAGGAAACUACUUCGAUACUUCCGUGCUUAGUUGAUUUUGAAUCUCGCAUUCAACUAGGCAAGCUCGCAGUGCCUUUGCCAGAAGACCAAAAUCUGGAGGAUAUCAUUGACCGACUUAAAGAAUGCUGUCAAAAGGCGCGAAAAACUAGUAUUAAUCAUUCAGAAGACAGUGCUCUCUUACCUGACAAGGCUAAAUUACAACGAGUGCUUGGUCUCUGUGAGCAAACACUCAGACAAGGAUUCAGUCUGCUCAAGGAGAGAGAAACAACCCCUGAUGCUACAGCGAAGUUUUAUACCGUCAAUCUUGUGCGAAUAUCAAAACCAGAACAAGGAGUGGUUUCGGAUCUUCAUAUGAAAAGUAUUUCAGUGAGGAUGAAAAAUAUUGCGGAUAGUUAACGUUUGAAUUCAGUGGACUUCGUACUGAUAUUGCGGUAUGCCUUGUUUC